AUGCUUGAUUACCUUUUAUCCAUCUAUAUCCUUGUCUGUUACUUUGUAUCCGUCAUUGGUGGGUUUAUUCCAUUUUUCAUCAAAUUUCUCCCAAACAGAAAACUAGCUGGGGACAUCUUAGAUGUGUGCAGUGCGUCAGCCGGUGGGUUAUUUUUGUCUGGUGGGUUGAUGCAUAUGUUAGCUGAAGGGACUGAUUUAAUCGAUAAGUCGGGGUAUGAUUUUAUGGGAUUACCUUUAGGAUUCUUCUGCUGUGGAUUAUCGUUUUUAUUCAUUUUCUUCUUUGACCGUGUUGUAGCGACACAUGGGGGGCAUGUUUCCUUUGCUCAAGUUGAGUCUCCACGCGGUGAAGUCGUCCAACCCCUCUUAACUGAUGCUGAAGAGAAGAAGAAAGAGCCGGAUGAAAAGAAAAAGCAAAAUGAAAUUCAGUCUCAUCAUCAUCACGAAGAAGAAGAAGAAGGGAAUAAAGGGUGGUGUUCGAUCAUCACACUUAUUUUUGCAUUGUCGAUUCAUUCCUUUUUCGAAGGACUUGGACUCGGUGUGUCGACGAGUCCAACUGCCAUAUUUAUAGCCAUUGCUGGGCAUAAAUGGGCAGAUUCGGGGUUCACUGUCAUCUUUUUGAUGAGUAAAAUUCAGAACCUCUUGAUCAUCUCCAUCAUCAUAUUGAUCUUUUCGACAUUCACUCCAAUCGGUUCUCUAGUUGGAGUGUUAAUAGUUGAAUUGAUGGGGGAGUCUCCAGUAUCUUCAUUGAUACAAGGGUUACUGAUCUGUUUAGCUGCUGGUACCUUCUUGUACGUAGCAAUCGUUGAAAUUCUAGCCGAGCAGUUUGAGAAUGGCAAAUACAAAUACAUCAAGUUCACUCUUGCUGUCAUCUUGUUCCUUGCAAUGUCUUUUGUUACAAUGCUUGAGGGCGACUAA